AUGGCAUCCACUGCUACCCAGCGUAUUCCUUCGAAGCGUCAAACACUCGACGAAGCGUACGCUCCUCCAGCGAAUUUUCUAGAAAUCGAAGUUGUCAAUCCCAUAACUCACGGAGUUGGAAAAAUGCGUUAUACCGAUUAUGAAGUUAGAAUGAGGUCCAAUUUGCCAGUUUUCAAGCAAAAAGAAUCCAGUGUCCGACGCAGAUAUAGUGAUUUUGAAUGGUUGCGUGGUGAACUCGAGCGCGAUUCGAAAAUAGUUGUGCCGCAGUUACCUGGAAAAUCCCUAAAACGCCAAUUGCCAUUCCGUUCUGACGACGGAAUUUUCGAGGAGGAAUUUAUUGAAAAUCGUAGAAAGGCGCUAGAGGCUUUUAUCAACAAGGUGGCCGGACAUCCAUUGGCUCAAAAUGAGCGUUCGCUUCACAUUUUCCUUCAGGAAACAACUAUCGACAAGAAUUAUGUGCCAGGAAAAAUCCGUACGGCUUAA